CGCAGUGCCACGUCCAUGCUUGGGUCGGAGGAGCCGAGGGCCCGGCAGAAGAGCUGCACCAGUGUCGGUCACUCACUCAGUAAUGGCUGGCCAGCAGUUCCAGUAUGACGAUAGUGGCAAUACCUCCUUCUACUUUCUCACGUCGUUCGUGGGACUUCUCGUCAUCCCGGCUACUUUUUACCUCUGGCCCAGAGAUCAGAACGACGAGGAACGCAGGAUAAAGACGUUAGGAAAAGUUCAUAGGAAUUGCUUAUGGUACCGGUUACGGUCAGGAAAAUCUGGUCACAGUGCGAUUCCUACGCUAAAAAAAAUAGGGCUGAUUUCCGGAUGGGUACUCCUCUGCUGUCUUUUGUACAAAGUUUCAAUAAUAGAAAACCGAGAAAAAGAAUACAAUCCAUAUGAAGUGCUUGGGGUCGAUCCUGGAGCCUCUGUGGCGGAAAUUAAAAAGCAGUAUCGACAGUUGUCACUCAAACAUCAUCCAGAUAAAGGAGGUGAUGAAGUCUUGUUUAUGAGGAUUGCAAAAGCCUAUGCUGCUUUAACAGAUGAAGAGUCUCGCAAAAAUUGGGAAGAAUAUGGCAAUCCAGAUGGUCCACAAGCUACGACUUUUGGCAUAGCACUUCCAUCAUGGAUUGUAGACCAGAAGAACUCCAUGCUGGUUUUGGCUGUAUAUGGGUUUGCAUUCAUGGUGAUUCUUCCAGUGGUUGUGGGAACGUGGUGGUACCGUUCUGUUCGAUACAGUGGUGACCAGAUUCUUAUUCACACAACACAGCUGUACAUGCAUUUUAUGAAUAGGACUCCAAAUAUGAACAUGAAACGCCUCAUAAUGGUGUUGACUGCUGCGUUUGAGUUUGAUCCACGCAGUAAUAAAGAAGCAGUCAUGAGACCAACAGACAAUGUCGAAAUACCUCAGCUUAUUCGGGAACUCGGAAAUGUUAAUGAAAAGAAGAAGGAGCUCCCAUUUUGUUUACCAUACAGUGUAAAGUCAAGGGUUCUGCUCCUUGCACAUCUUUCCAGGCUGGAAAUUUCCCAAACAUUGGAAGAAGAUUAUUGGUUUGUUAUACGCAAGUGUCCUACUCUCCUUCAGGAAAUGAUAAAUGUUGGCUGCCAGCUGACUAUGAUGGCCAAUACCCGAGGAGGAAUCCAUGCUCCCCGUUUGGAGUCCAUUGAGAACUGUAUGAAACUGUCUCAGAUGUUGGUGCAGAGCCUGUGGGAGUCUAAAUCUCCUCUACUUCAGCUUCCACUCUUUGAAGAAGAACACCUGAAAUACUGUUUGUCUAAGAAGUACAAAGUCCGAACAAUUCAGGACCUGGUUAGCAUGAAAGAUGCUGAUCGUCGUAAUAUGUUGCGGUUUUUGAGUGAAGAGAAAUAUGAUGAGGUCAUGGCAGUACUUGGGAAUUUCCCUCACGUUACCAUGAAGAUAAAACUGCAAGUAUUGGAUGAUGAGGACAGCAGUAACAUAACUGCAGGAUCAAUUGUCACUGUCACUGUGACACUUCACAGAGAUGAUAUGGCUGCGAUCUUUGAAAAGGAACAAGAACAAAGUGCCUGUAUAAAUGAAGAACAAGAAAAUGAUGACAUACAAGGAACUGCUGGUGCGAAAAGUAAAAAGAAGGCCUGGCAGAAGAAUAAAGGAGCCAAGAAACCUGCAAAAUCUAAGAAAAAGAAACAAGCAAAAAAGAAAGGGGCAACACAGACGACACAACAGCCAGCAGAGCAACAAAAGCAGAAGCCAAAGCACAGUCAAGCCAACGGCUCCGUUGUGGCAGGCAAUGAUCCAGCACACAGAGAGGAGGAAGAUGACGAUUUAUCAGAUAAAGGGAGUGAUUCUGAGGAAGAGACAACCAACAAAGAUUCCCAAAGUGAGAAGGAUGAUGAUAGUGACAAAGAAACAGAGCAUGAAGAGAAGGACGAUGAAGCAGAAUGGGAAGCACUACAGCAAAGUAUCCAAAGAAGAGAGCGGGCCCUACUUGAAACCAAAUCAAAGAUUACCCAUCCAGUUCAUACCCUAUACUUUCCUGAGGAAAAACAAGAAUGGUGGUGGCUUUACAUCGCAGACAGGAAAGAACAUACAUUAAUAUCAAUGCCAUACCAUGUAUGUACUCUUCGAGAAGAGGAGGAGAUUGAAUUGAAAUUCUCUGCACCAUAUAAACCUGGCAAUUAUCAGUAUUCUGUGAUCCUGAGAUCUGAUUCUUACAUGGGUUUAGAUCUAAUCAGGCCAUUAAAGUUUGAAGUCCAAGAGGCAAAGCAAAUACCAGAAACUCAUCCACAGUGGGAUAUUCCAGAGACGGAAGAGGAGGAGGAGGAUCAGGAAGACAGUGAGGGAAUUGAGGACAGUGAAGAGGAGGAAGAAGAUAAUGACUAAAGUUAUUGACAGACUACUUUUCAAAAACGCCACAAUGGAAAACGUGUUGUACACAGUUCCAACAACUGCUAUUCUGAUUAACUUAACCAUGUACAAGAAAUAAAAUGGGGGAAGAAAGGGAACAUGGUAACCGUCAGUAUCAUUUCAGCAAUUGGCUGUGUAGUUUUUGAAAAUGUGACUGUGACAUGUACUCUAAAGCACAGGGGUUCAGUUGUCUGAUACAACGACAUGCCACCUUUUGAGAGUGCCCUUAAUGUCGCUUAAACCAUGUGGGAAGUGGGGGAAUUAUCGGUUUCAAAAUCAGUUGCUUUUUUUCCCCAUUUCUCCCCCUCCCCCCCCCCCUCCCCCCACACCCACAAAUUGUGAAAAGAUUAUUCACUACAGAGAAAAAUGCGCCGCAGAGCUGAGCUGUAUCCUGAAAUAAACUAAUGCCUCCGGAGAUGCAUUGGGACCAUGUUUUGAAGUUUUAUUCAGUGUUCAACCACAGGGUCAGGAUAAACAGAUGGAUGAUUGAAUUUAUUGCAAUAGUUAUCAGAUCUAAGGAGUUUGAAUUUAGUUAAUAUGAAUUAGCAAGAACUUUUUAAUCAAUAAUACACAAACCACCAUUUAAUUCAUUGAUUGGAUUGGAAGAAACAAGUCUGUUGUAUACAUUUCUGCUACUUUUGUUUACAUGAAAUUAUAAAUGGGAAAUAUAUCCGUCUAUAUUCUUUGUAUUUAAAAUAGUUGCAAAUAAAAUGGCAAACGUUUUUAAAAUGUAAAACGUUAUUUUGUAGUUUUGUCCGGCAGCGAUCGAUCUGCAGUGAUGAGCUAUCACGGACAGAUGAACUGUAAGCCAUCCAGAUGUGCAGAGAGGACUAAUAAAAUCAAGGAACUGCAAUGCUAAUAAAA